AUGGAAAUCCAUAACUUGAUAUCUCCGAAAACUUUAUACACCGCCAAGGAGAAAGCGGUAUCUUUAAACAGCCUCACCAUUUUACUAUUUUCUCUCCGGAAGUACCCUCAAAAAAUUCGGAUAGAUUUGAUAAACGAAUAUUGGGUCGAUGGGUUAGUUACGGAAGUCAGCCCUUACAUGGAUGUAACAUUAGAGGACGCGACACUGCACGAACCCAUUUACGAUAAUGUUCACUCCACAUAUUCUUGUUAUGUUUUGAAGGGCAGAUUUAUAAGAUUCAUUCAUUUGCCGGAGAAUCUCGACGUUGUAGAAGAAAUCGACAAACAAAUACAGUUGAUCGCGCCCGAUAGAAUGAAGCGAAAAACAUAA